AUGAUUCAGGUUUUGGAUGAAUCUCUUCGUGCAAUUUCUGGAUUUAAAGGAACGGAGGAUCUCUUUGAUGAUAAAUUGCUCCAUAACCCAUUUACCUCUGACUACAUCAAAAUAAAGACAGUCUCAUCGGCUCCAUCAUAUGGAUCAGAGUCUCCAGCAGUAAAUAAGGAUGAAUCUAAAACAUGGCGGUCAGGGGGUGAGCAGUGGUUUGAAGCAAUGGAGAAGCAUAUGCCUCUGAUUCUGCAGCAUUCUUCAUCCAUGGUUAGUUAA